AUGUCUGCUCUACCUUUCUCAACAAUCUGCAGACAUUCCAACACACCUUUACAUCUACAUUCCAAAUCAAGCUUCAUAGGCUUCGAUCAAAGAAACAAUAUUUGGCAGUUGUUUGUCAUCACAAAGUCAAGUUCCAGUAGAGCUGUAAGUAAGCUGUCUGUGAAGAAUGUUGCCAGCGACAAAAAGGAGGAACUGAAAGAACCACUCACUGGACAAGUUGCAGGCACUACAAAUGAAUUUGUACCAGAUUCUACGGCUAUAGCUUCAAGCAUCAAAUAUCAUGCUGAGUUCACCACAUCUUUUUCACCUGAGAAGUUUGAUCCCAGUAAAGCUUUCUUUGCAACUGCGGAGAGUGUCCGUGAUUUCCUCAUCAUAAAUUGGAAUGCAACAUAUGAUUAUUAUGAGAGGAUUAAUGUUAAACAUGCUUAUUACAUGUCUAUGGAGUAUCUACAGGGCAGGGCAUUGCUAAAUGCAGUUGGGAAUUUAGAACUCUCAGGUCCUUAUGCCGAAGCCCUCAGAAAGCUUGGUUACAGUUUAGAAGACAUGGGUAAUCAGGAGCCAGAUGCUGCUCUUGGGAAUGGAGGAUUAGGCCGGCUUGCUUCUUGCUUCCUAGACUCCUUGGCGACACUGAAUUACCCUGCAUGGGGAUAUGGACUUAGAUAUAAGUACGGUUUAUUCAAACAGCUUAUCACCAAUGAUGGUCAGGAGGAAGUUGCCGAAGAUUGGCUCGAGAUGGGGAAUCCCUGGGAAAUUCAGAGGAAAGAUGUUUCUUAUCCAGUUAGAUUCUAUGGAGAAGUUAUUUCAGGGCCAGAUGGAAGUAAACAGUGGAUUGGAGGAGAAAAUAUAUCGGCUGUUGCUUAUGAUGUUCCAAUACCUGGAUACAAAACUAGAACCACCGUAAACUUGCGAUUAUGGUCCACUAAAGUUUCAACUGAAGAAUUCGAUUUGCAAGCUUUCAAUACUGGCGAUCAUGCCAAAGCAUACGCUGCCAUGAAGAACGCAGAGAAGAUCUGUUACGUUCUAUACCCUGGGGAUGAAUCAAUCGAAGGAAAGACUCUACGGCUAAAGCAACAAUAUACAUUAUGCUCAGCGUCUCUCCAGGAUAUUAUUGCACGCUUUGAAAAGAGAUCGGGAAGGACGGUAAAUUGGGAGACCCUCCCAGAUAAAGUGGUGGUACAGAUGAACGAUACUCACCCAACACUUUGCAUUCCCGAGCUGAUUAGGAUCCUAAUAGAUGUUAAGGGUUUAAGCUGGGAGAAAGCUUGGGAUAUUACUAAAAGAUCGGUUGCUUACACAAACCACACAGUUCUACCAGAGGCACUAGAGAAGUGGAGUUUGACGCUUCUGCAGGAUUUACUUCCUCGACAUGUGGAAAUAAUAAGAAAGAUAGAUGAGGAGUUUAUACAUGAAAUUAUUUCUGAGUAUGGGACUGGUGAUCUUAACUUGCUGCAAGAAAAGCUCGGAAAGAUGAGAAUACUUGAAAAUAUUGAGCUGCCUGAUUCGGUGGUUGAGUUGCUUAAUAAUACAAUUCCUGCUGUUGAUUCUGUUGAGGAAAUUGAUGUUGAUGAUAGUGAUAUAGAGGCAACAAACAAGAAAGAUGAAGACGAAGAAGAUGAAGCGGGGGAAGAGGAACAAGAAGAAGACAAUGAUGGGGAAGACCUUGUUUUAGAGAACAAAAUAGAAAUGACAUUCAAAGUUGAUCGAAAACUGCCGAUGAUGGUUCGCAUGGCUAACCUAUGUGUUGUUGGUGGAUUUUCUGUGAAUGGAGUAGCUGAGAUUCACAGCGAGAUUGUAAAAGAGGAAGUUUUUAAUGAAUUUUAUGAGUUGUGGCCUGAGAAAUUCCAGAAUAAAACAAAUGGGGUAACACCUAGAAGAUGGAUCCGUUUCUGUAAUCCCGAUCUUAGUAAAAUCAUAACCAAAUGGAUUGGAACAGAAGACUGGGUAACAGAUCUUGAGAAAUUGGCUAUACUUCGCAAGUUUGCAGAUAAUGAAGAUUUACAAUUAGAGUGGAUGGAAUCAAAGAGAAGAAACAAGAUUAAGGUUGCAUCAUUUAUCAAAGAGAAAACGGGUUAUGUUGUCAGUCCCAACGCAAUGUUUGAUGUACAGGUGAAACGUAUACAUGAAUAUAAGCGGCAAUUACUGAAUAUCAUGGGAAUUGUUUAUCGGUACAAGAAAAUGAAAGAGUUGAGUGCUGAGGAAAGAAAACAAGUAUUUGUUCCUCGAGUUUGUAUUUUUGGUGGGAAAGCAUUUGCAACAUAUGUUCAAGCCAAGAGGAUUGUAAAAUUCAUCACAGAUGUAGGAGCCACAGUUAACCAUGAUCCAGAGAUCGGAGAUCUUUUGAAGGUUGUAUUUGUUCCUGAUUACAAUGUCAGUGUAGCUGAAAUGCUAAUUCCUGGCAGUGAACUGUCUCAGCACAUUAGCACAGCUGGUAUGGAGGCCAGUGGAACAAGCAACAUGAAAUUUGCAAUGAACGGAUGCGUACAAAUUGGAACUCUCGAUGGGGCUAACGUUGAAAUAAGAGAAGAAGUUGGAGAAGACAACUUCUUUCUUUUUGGUGCACGCGCUCAAGAGAUUGCAGGGUUAAGAAAAGAAAGAGCAGAGGGAAAGUUUGUACCUGACCCGCGGUUUGAAGAAGUGAAGUCAUAUGUUAGAAGUGGUGUUUUUGGCACUUAUAACUACGACGAUUUGAUAGGAUCUUUGGAAGGGAAUGAAGGCUAUGGCCGUGCCGAUUAUUUUCUUGUUGGCAAGGACUUCCCUAGCUACUUGGAGUGCCAAGAGGAAGUUGACAAGGCAUACCGUGUUCAAAAAAAAUGGACAAGAAUGUCAAUAUUGAACACAGCUGGUUCGUAUAAAUUCAGUAGUGAUCGGACUAUUCAUGAAUAUGCUAGAGAUAUAUGGAGAAUUGAGCCAGUUGUAUUGCCUUGA